AACCCGCACUGCAGUCGUCAUACCGCGGAACCAAAUGGGUAAUGGGUCUGUUUGCUUGGGAGGUUUUAAAGUGAGGGACCGUCACUUUUUGUGAAGUGGGUUUCGUAUGAAAUUUGAAGGGUGAUACCGGGGAUCACAGGAAAACUUGGAUUUGGGAUUAUUUCAGGGAUUAUUACUUGCAUGUGAACCUCACCGACUAUGCUACUGGCUCGUCUUUUGCGUGAGUCCCUGUACUGGUCAAAGACCUCUGUAUUAUCAAAUGGCUGCAUCUGCAGUCGGGGCUGUUACAGCCCGCUACCCUCAAGAAGUCUGUGCAGUUCUGCAAAACACAUUUUGUGUAGGAAGCCCCCCCAGAAUGUGGGUAGUCAAAUUCGGGGGGUGAAGGGCCACAGGAACCCCCACACGGAGCGACAGCAGGAGGAGUGGCGAAAGAGAAACAGGACUGUCCUUACAUACAUCGCUGCUGCGGGAGUUGGGAUGAUCGGCAUGUCCUACGCGGCGGUGCCUCUUUACAGACUGUAUUGCCAGGCUUCAGGACUUGGUGGGUCUGCAGUUGCUGGCCAUGAUUCUGAGCAAGUUGAAAAUAUGACCCCAGUCAGAGACCGCAUCAUCAAGGUCACCUUUAACGCUGAUGUGCAUGCCAGCAUGCAGUGGAACUUCCGACCCCAGCAGGCUGAGAUCUAUGUGGUGCCAGGGGAAACAGCCCUGGCGUUUUAUAAAGCUAGAAAUCCCACUGAUAAACCGGUGAUUGGAAUCUCCACCUAUAACGUUGUGCCUUUUGAGGCAGGCCAGUACUUCAACAAAAUUCAGUGCUUCUGCUUUGAAGAGCAGAGGUUAAAUCCUAAGGAGGAAGUGGACAUGCCUGUGUUCUUUUAUAUUGACCCAGAUUUUGAUGAGGAUCCCAGAAUGGCGAAGGUGGACACUAUCACUCUCUCCUACACAUUUUUCGAAGCUAAGGAAGGACAUAAACUACCUAUCCCUGGGUACAGCUGAGAGCUCUGUAUUUAGCAUUGCUGGUGGUCGCAAACCAUCAAAGGACAUUUUUUACAGUUUAUGGCUGAUGUAAUAUUUGAACCGCAGGUCUCAGAUGGCAGCUUUGCCUUGUUGUAGAACAUUGUGACUGGUGAAUGGCCCAACCAAUAACUGUAUAUAUGAAUAUUAAAGAGUUUAAGAUGGUUGCUGUUAUUUGGGGUUGUAAGAUUUCCGAGUUGUGAAUAUUUUGGCCUGUGAGAUAAAUGAUUGAAUUACAAUAUUUAAAGUUUACCUGUAUUAAAUUUUACUUUCACCAACAACUGCAGGUAAAUGCACAACUAGUGUGUCAAUUGUAUAUUUUAAUUUCAAUGUCCAAUUAUGUAACACCACUGGCUAAAAGUGUGUCAUAUAAAAUAAUUUGUAUGGAAAA